ACCAUUAUUCAAAUAUAAUCCUGAUAAAAUACUUAGCUAAAAUAUAAAAGCUAAUAUAGUAUCAACUAAGUUUGAGUGAGAGAGUCAUCUGGGAAUCGGUGCUGAUGCAGAAGGUUUGAAAUGUUCAGAACUAUCGGUGGGGAUGUGAGGCAUUUUAAAACAGACCAUUCUUAAUAUCAAUAAAGUAGCCCAAAGAUAAAUGUACCUGAACAGACAAAAAGGAUGAUACAAUGUAAAAAGGACAAUUGAAUACCUUCAAGAGAACAAUGUAAAAUUUAUUUGUAAGAAGACAAGUAAAAUUGACAAAAAAUACUAAAAUUGACAAAAAAUUAGUCUUAAUAAUCAAAAUGAUGAAAUUAAUAAUACUAUUUAUUACAAUUGCACAAUGUGUCUGCAUUGUGAAUUGUAACUGGAACCAUAAUUUGAGGAGACUACAUAAUGAUUUGAUGGCGAACUACAGUGUGACGAACAGACCACACAAUAAAACAGAUGUGGUAUCAAGCUUUGCUAUCAAUCAACUUUUGGAGAUGGAUGAACGCAAGCAGACAUUACUCAUAACAGUUUGGUUUCGUUUCUAUUGGAAUGACAAUCGUUUAACCUGGGAUCCUGAUGACUAUGGAGGUAUGACUGAGUCCUACUUUUCUGUUGAUGAAAUAUGGUUGCCAGAUAUCACAUUGUAUAAUAAUGCAAAUGAUAAACCUUCAUCCAUUAAACAAUACAGUGAGGAUAUUUAUGUUAGGGCUGACCACACUGGUGACAUACGAUGGUUAACUCCUGGCAUCAUAAUGACAUCAUGUAAAAUAGACAUGACGUCAUUCCCUUUCGAUACUCAGCGCUGCCCAAUACAGUUUGGAUCAUGGAUACUUACUGGAAACCAACUUGAUCUCUUUACCCGAGAGGACCAUGGAGAUUAUGAGCCAUUUUUACAACAUGGAGAAUGGGACCUUUUAGAAUUUCCAGCUAAGAAAAAUGUAAUGUAUUAUAAGUGUUGCCCUGAUCCCUAUGUUGACCUGACCUAUACAAUGGUGUUGAAACACAAACCAUUGUUUUAUAUUUACAACUUGAUUAUCCCAUGUGGAUUGCUCCUGAUUGUGAGCAUCAUGGGAUUCCUAAUGCCAAUAGCAUCAGGAGCAAGAGCACCUCUGUCUAUCAUGGUACUCUUGUCAAUGACAGUACUCCAGUUGAACGUUUCAUCCACUAUACCCCAACAAAGUGAUAAUACACCACUUAUAAGUCAGUACAUCGGCUACAUCCUCCUCAUUAUGUCCCUCAAUGUGAUUCUCACCAUAGGGAGCCUCAAUAUCCACUACAGGGGUCACUAUGGCAACAGAAUGUCAGACAUGACAAGGAAAGUAAUGCUUGGAGUAUUGGGACGGUUAGUUUGCAAGACAAAACCAAAAUCAAAAGCAGACAGGAAACAUGGUAUCCAUAAUGCAGUUACAAAUGAUGAACCAAUGAAAAAUGAAGAAACUAUGGAAAAUUUUAGAAAUCAUGUUGGUUGUGGUAACCAAAAUCCAUCUCCUGUGAAUAUAGAUGAUACUGAUGAGGGAACAACCCCUGAAAAACAACAAUUUGUACUUUCUAAUAUCUAUAAACUAUUAAGUGUUGUUCACCAAAGCAAGGUUGAGAAAAUGAACAAACAAGAAGAUCAAAGAAAAACCAGAGAAAAGUGGAUGAUGGUUGCUAUGGUAACUGAUCGUUUAUUUGCAAUCUUUUUCUUUUUUAUUUCUAUUGUUACAUUUCUUUCUAUAUUUCUCCAGUUAAUUUGAGCUUAAGGAGGCAUUGUUGAUUUUGUUUGAAGGGUGUUAAUUUGUUGAUUGUCCAGCAAAAUUAAUAUUUUGUUGAGUGGUAACAAUUCAUUUAAUUUCAUGGACAGAUUGAAGCAUAAACUGACAGAUCGUUCUAUCAAGACAUUCUUAACUGUUAUGAUUGUUUUCCAAAGCAGUUUAAGAGUUGUUUGUCAUGCACAAAUGUAGUUUAUAUCAAAAA